AUGACUACGGUGAUUGUUGUUGGUGCGGGCGCUGGAGGAAUUGCCACAGCAGCGCGACUUGCUCAACAAGGUUUCCGCGUCCAAGUCGUAGAAAAGCACGGAUUCACCGGAGGACGUUGCUCCAUUAUCUCAAAGGAUGGCUACCGUUUUGACCAGGGCCCUUCACUGCUCCUGAUGCGCGAGGUCUUCCAAGAAACUUUCCAGGAUCUUGGUACUUCACUAGAGCAAGAAAAUAUCCGUUUGUUCAAGUGCGAACCAAAUUAUUGUGUUUGGUUUGACGACAAGGAGAUUAUUGAGCUAUCGACUGAUCUGGCGGGCCUUAGGCCGCAGAUUCAGCGUUAUGAAGGCCCUGGUGGUUUUCAUCGGUUUUGCGCCUUCUUGAAUGAGGCUGGUACGCAUUAUAAUCUAUCGCUUCAGCAUGUAUUGCGAAAGAACUUUCCCCGCCUGCUAUGUCUGCUGCAGAUGGAUGUGUUGAAAUCUCUGAUGUCUAUGCAUCCAUGGACAAGCACCUACUCUCGUGUGGCACGGUAUUUUUACUCAGAGAAGAUGCGGCGAGCUUGGACCUUCAACAGCAUGUACCUAGGUAUAAGCCCAUAUAAGGCUCCCGGGACGUAUUCGCUGCUACAAUAUAUUGAGACGGUGGACGGAAUAUGGUACCCCGAAGGUGGGUUCCAGACGGUCCUGGACGCCUUAGUCGACAUUGGAGAGCGAUCGAAAGUUGAAUAUCUCCUGAACAGCCCCGCUAAAUCCAUCCUACUGAACGAGAGCAACAGUAUCGCAGAAGGCGUCCGCCUAGAAUCAGGCCAAGAGCUCCACGCUGAUCUGGUCGUAAUAAACGCCGAUCUGGUUUAUGCAUACAAUGAACUUCUACCACACACACGCCGAUCACAUAAUCUUAAGAAACGACCCGCAUCAUGCAGCAGCAUCUCAUUCUUCUGGGCCUUUAGUGAGAAACUACCCCAACUACGAGUGCACAAUAUCUUCCUAGCCGAAAGGUACAGGGAAAGCUUCGAUGCCAUUUUCGCGGAGCACCGUAUCCCAGACGAGCCGUCGUUUUAUCUCAAUGUGCCGAGCAAGAUUGACCCAUCCGCUGCACCGGCUGGUAAAGAAGCUGUUGUGGUUUUAGUCCCAGUUGGCCAUUUGACACCGACACAACCUGAUAAUACUGACUGGGAUAGAUUAGUUGAUGAAACACGUGAGAUGGUUAUGAACACCAUUGAAGCUCGUACGGGUUUACGGAAUAUACGGUCCAGGCUGGUGCAUGAGAUGGUCGAGACUCCGGUUACAUGGCAAGAAAAGUUCAAUCUGGAUCGUGGGGCUAUCCUGGGUUUGUCGCAUUCGUUCUUCAACGUACUAUGCUUUAGGCCACAGACAAAGCACCCGGAUAUUGGACGGCUUUACUUUGUUGGAGCUAGCACACACCCCGGGGCAGGAGUUCCUGUUUGUCUGGCAGGGGGUAAGAUUGUGGCGCAACAGAUAAUGGAAGACUGGAACAAGGAACAGGGGAGGAGGUCCCGAAUAGGGCUUAUAAGAGGAGUGAUGAUGGCUUUCUUAGCAUUAGUGGUGUCUCUUUUGUGGAAGCAACACUGGUUCUAA